AUGGAAGCGUCAGCAAGGCAGCAGACGUGGAUGGAAGGAGAGGCGGCUGUGAGAGUGUCCUUCACUCGAUCGCAGUGCAGCAGCGCCGCCACCCCUCCUGCUGAUGACCCCGACACAACCACCUGCCCGGAUGAAGGGAAAGGGAAAAGGGGAACGAGAAUCGCAGCCAAAAGGGGAGGGAAUGGUUUCCAGCGAGACUUUAGAUUUCCUGCAAUGCAGAAUCAGCCGGAUGGCAAGAAUGGCUUUUCAUCUCAGUGGGAUGGCAAGGAUGGCUUUUCAUCUCAGUGGGAUGGCAAGAAUGGCUUUUCAUCUCAGUGGGAUGGCAAGAAUGGCUUUUCAUCUCAGUGGGAUGGCAAGGAUGGCUUUUCAUCUCAGUGGGAUGGCAAGAAUGGCUUUUCAUCUCAGCGGGAUGGCAAGAAUGGCUUUUCAUCUCAGCGGGAUGGCAAGAAUGGCUUUUCAUCUCAGUGGGAUGGCAAGAAUGGCUUUUCAUCUCAGUGGGAUGGCAAGAAUGGCUUUUCAUCUCAGUGGGAUGGCAAGAAUGGCUUUUCAUCUCAGUGGGAUGGCAAGAAUGGCUUUUCAUCUCAGUGGGAUGGCAAGAAUGGCUUUUCAUCUCAGUGGGAUGGCAAGAAUGGCUUUUCAUCUCAGUGGGAUGGCAAGAAUGGCUUUUCAUCUCAGUGGGAUGGCAAGAAUGGCUUUUCAUCUCAGUGGGAUGGCAAGAAUGGCUUUUCAUCUCAGUGGGAUGGCAAGAAUGGCUUUUCUGUUAAGAGACUACUUGGAGCCAUGGCUAGAGAGGAUGGUUCAAGUGAUAGACUAACAAGAAUGUCGAGAUACAAAUGUAGGAAACCCUAA